CAGUAAAAGUUUACUAUUGCUCGGUCUCUUAGUUGUGUUCUUAUCAAAAGUUUUCUCAAUUUUUCAACAUGGAGUAGGUAGAAAAGUGAGUACAGGCAUGUUUAGUCUGUGAAUCAAACCAUAAUAUCUACCCAUAAAAACAAAAAUAACAAGUGAGUGUCAUGGGGAAAAGAAGCAUUGCAGUGACGACCAGCAGGAGUGAGUUUUUGCCAGCAGAGGGUGAAAAUAAUGAGUACGAACGACAAGGUGGAUGCUUUGUUACCACCAAGAGGGCAUUACUAUUGGUCUUUUUGGCAAUUGCUUGUUUCAUCGUUCUCGCACUCUUAAUGUAUUAUUACGGACCUAACAGUAAAGAAAAUGAGGCGGUGUCGUCAGAAAAACCUGACAUUGAGAAUCUUAUCAACAAGUCGAUUGAAAGCGUGACAUCCGACUCUCUACGCCUACCAUCUCAUGUAUAUCCGACGUUUUAUAAAUUACGAAUUCAGCCGUAUUUAAAAGAGGAAGAACCGGAAAAGAAUUUUACGUUCGUAGGAAAAGUUAUCAUCGGGAUUCGAUGCACUAAAAGAACCAAAACAAUCGUUAUGAAUGCCGGAAACAUUCAAAUUGGACAUUCCGAUGUCAGAGUCUAUACCAAAAAAAUACUAAUAAAAUCCCUUUCCCAAGUAAAAGAAGCUCCAAGUAACAUGACUACUCAAGAACAACAACAAGAAAAUAUUUCCGAUAGUAGUACUGCUCCAACUUCAGCUAUUCCUUCAACAACCCAAAAACCUACAGAAGGUGUUUCCACCACUAGCGUUAUAACGAAAGAAUCGGUUAAUUUUACGGCAAGUUCAACCACCGAAGACAUUCCAACAUCUACAUCAAAAGAGGCAACAACAGCCUCUCCACUUUCUGAUAAUGGUCUUCCAACCACCUUGCCUUCAAGUGCAACAACACCAAAAUCGUCCACUGUUGCUUCAUCGACCACUGAAAAAUCAAAGCAAGUGAAUGCCAGUUCUUCAUCACCCGUGCUGUCCAAAGGUAAUAUCGUUGAAGUUCCAGUAGAAUUUAUAGAUAACAUCCCUGUUUCCACAAAACUUGUAAUCACUGUUGGACAACUGUUGGAAGUUGAGGUAAAUUAUACCAUUGAAAUAAAAUUUUCGGGAAACAUUUCCGACCAUUUAGUUGGUUUAUAUAAAGCGCCUUAUAUUGAUUCGUCAGGAAAGGAAAGAUGGAUUAUCAAUACCAAUUUUAUGCCUGUAUAUGCCAGAAACGUUUUCCCGUGUUUUGAUGAACCUUCACUGAAAACUACUUUUGAAAUAAGUAUAGCCCGGAAAGAGAAUAUGACUGCACUUUCUAACAUGCCUUUAAAAGAAACUGAGAAUAAAUCGGAAGACGGCUGGGUCUGGGAUCAUUUUGUAAAAACUCCAAAAAUGACAACAUACUCCUUAGCUUUCUCGGUAGGUGAUUUGGAUAAUAGAGAAGUUUCUCGAGAAACCCCACAAUUUCGAAUAUGGGCUGUGGAUAAACUACACGAAUCAAACUAUUCAGCUGAAAUGUCGGUGAAAGCAUUGAACUAUCUGGAAGACUAUUUUGGAAUGAAAUACCCUUUACCAAAAUUAGAUUUUGUUGUGGUACCCGAUUUGGUUGAAGAUGCUGUUGAAAGUUGGGGUUUGGUGGCGUUUAGAGAUCAAGCACUUCUGGUGGAUCCAAAAUCAGAAAAUUGGGAAAUUAAGUCGAACAUUUUACGAAAUUUGGCCGAACCGCUGUCGCAUCAAUGGUUUGGUAAAUUGGUCACGAUGAGCAAUUGGUCAGACUUCUGGUUAAGGGAAGGCAUAGGAAAAUUUUUGGCUUUUGGUGUUGUACAGUCUAUAGAUUCUGAGAUUGGUUUUUUGGACACAUAUGUAAUUGAUAACAUACCUAUUUUAUAUGCUGAUAGUUUGAAAACAACUAAGAAAUUGUACUAUGGUAUUGAAAAUAUUGGUCAACUAAAAGAAAUGUAUAAUAGUGGUAUAGUGAAUAAAGGAACAGCUUUACUGAGAAUGCUAAACUUCACGUUAUCAGGAUCCGUUUUCAAAAAGGGAACCCAGGAUUUCAUAAAGAAAUGGUCCUUUGAAUCAACAAGUGAAGAAGAAUACUGGAAUGCUUUAGAUAAGAUCGUGUCUGAUCAGAAGAUAUUACCGGAAAACAUCACUGUUAAAGCCUUCAUGAAUAGUUGGACUAGACAAGCUGGUUAUCCAAUAGUAACAAUCAACUCCAUCAAUACGUCUGGUCAGAUUUUAUUACAUCAGCAGAGAUUUGUGGAAGGAAACACUGACAGCGAUAAUGUUUGGAUAAUUCCACUCUCUUAUAUAACAAAAUCUAAUUCAACACUUGGCAGAGUUUGGUUAAAUGGUGAAAAAGAUAAGAAAGUUGAUAUUGAACUUUCUAAUUCUAAUGAUUCGUGGAUACUUUUUAAUGCUGAUGCUGGGUUCUAUAGAGUGAAUUAUGAUAAUGAAAAUUGGAACAAACUUUUGAAUCAAAUUAACUCAGAUCCAUCGGAGAUACCUUCAUCUUGUCGCGCACAAUUGCUAUCCGACGCAUUCGAAUUGGCUUACAAAGGCAUCAUAAGUUACGAAAUACCUUUAGACUUUACGAAAUAUUUGGAGAAGAAUGAAAGACAAUUUGCUCCAUGGGAAGCUGCCAUGAGGAGUUUUCAUAAUAUAGAAUAUAUCAUAAGAAGAUCUAUGCAUUUUGGAAAAUUGCAGGCAUACGUCAGGAAAUUAAUAAAGGUAUCAUUUAAAGAAAUGGGAUUUAAUGAAAAAACAAAUGAGUCACUCAAUACAAAAAAGCUAAGGAAACGUAUAAUUGAAGCUGCAUGUUUUGCACGUCAUCAACCAUGCUUGAAGUGGGCCGAAAAUAAAUUUGAUGAAUGGACUCAAACGUCCGACCCGGAUAAAGAUAAUCCAAUACCAUAUACAUUCCGAAAAGUUGUGAUGUGUAACGCCAUAAAAAUGGGCGGAGAAAGCGAAUGGGAAUUCGUUUGGAACAGAACUUUAUCUUAUAGAACAACACCUGCAGAUCUAAAAAUAAUGUAUCUCAGCCUAGGGUGUUCGAGAGAUCCAUGGAUAAUUAAAAGAUACUUAUUCAAAUCCAUAAAUGGAAGUGUAGCACUGCAGGAUAUCCCGUACGUCUGGAAAUCCAUAACCCAUCCCGUAGGAAUCGACGUUGGUGUUCAGUUUGUGCGGGAAAAUUGGCAGAAGAUCCAUGACACGUUUGCGGAUGAAGAUUAUACGAUUCUUAUCAGUAUUAUAAACGAAUUUUUCGGAAAACUAUCGACCAAGUCGGAUUUGGAAGAUUUAACGAUGUUGUACAAGGAGCAUGAAACCAAGUUGGGAAAAAUAUCACCCGUCAUGUUGAAUGUAGUAGAAAGAAUCAAAACUCGAAUCGCAUGGGCUGAUACUAAUAUGGAAACCGUUGUGUCGUGGAUAGAAAAUAAUAUACGAUAGUACAACCAUUUUACUCGUGGAAGAAGAAUGAAUAAUAUUUUAUUUUGUACAAAAUCGAAAUCUUAUAAUUCAGAUGUACUUAUAAAUAAUUCUACUGCAGGUAGUCGAUUGUGAUUGUAAAGAUAUAGUUUGUAAAAUGUAGUUUAUGUUUUGGUAUAUUUAUACAUACGUCUACUGUUUCUCUUUUUUUUUAAUAAAAUGAUGAAGAUAUGGAGAAGUCAA